AACCAGUCAGAAUGAGGAAACGCGAAAGCUCGUAAUACAACCAACCAACCACCACAAGGCUCCCGCGACAAUAAAGUUUGUCGCACCGAACUCCCCCCAAACCAUCCCAUCCCCCAGCACCCCUCUCUGCCUUGUGUCACUUGCUACAAGCCCUGCAGCAAAUUCGUGAGCGGCUCAUAAAGGCACGCAGCUGAGAGCAACCGGGGUCAAGCAAACGCCGGCGUUCCCGCAACACGAAACGCGGUGGUGUCGUUUCUCCGUGGCAGGAUUUAAGAAGUUGAGGUUGGAGAUUCGGAGGGGGCGAUGGCUGCGUCCAAGACCGACGACCUGGCCACUUUGGCAGUUUUGGACGAGACGACGCUGUUGGAAGUGCUGAGAAGCCGAUAUGCCGACGACCACAUAUACACCUACAUUGGAGAUAUACUCAUUUCAAUCAACCCAUUCAAGCAGCUUCCUUUGUAUGAGAAAACGAUGUCCCAGAGGUACACAGACCAACAGAAGAGCACUCUUGAACCGCACAUCUUCGCCAUCGCUGAUGCGGCGUAUCGCUCAAUGCUGGGUCGGGCGGCAGCAAAGUCCUGCAAUCAGUGCAUCGUUAUCAGUGGCGAGAGUGGCGCUGGGAAGACUGAGAGCACCAAGCUGCUGCUGAGGCACAUCAUGGAGCUGUGCCGGGGAAACACGCAGCUGGAGCAGCAAGUGCUGCAGGUCAACCCUUUGCUGGAGGCCUUUGGAAAUGCCCAGACGUUGAUGAACGAUAACAGCAGUCGCUUUGGAAAGUACAUUCAGCUGCGAUUCCAGAAUGGGGCAGUCAAGGGCGCGAAAAUCAACGAGUACCUGCUCGAGAAGUCCCGCGUAGUUCACCAGGACACGGGAGAGAGGAACUUCCACAUUUUCUACUACAUGUUCGCCGGCCUCUCAAAGAAAGACAAGGAGAUGUAUGGCUUGCUCGAGCCACAGCUCUAUCGAUACCUGAGCUUUCAGAGCAUCGAGGAUGGUCUCAGCAAAUCCUUGAGCACCAAGUUCGGCGAGUUGUGCAAUGCCAUGGACAUGGUGGGAUUUUUGGAGCAGGAACAAGUCGACAUGCUGACCAUACUGGCAGGAAUUCUGUCUCUGGGCAACGUGGUCUUUGAGCCUCAAGACAGUGGCAGCAUGGCGAUCACUGGCAAAGCGAACCACUGGCUAAAUGCUGCGAUGAGCCAGCUUGGGGUGGAUGGGGAGAAACUGAGACAAUGCCUUCUGUUCUCCCGCUCCGUCACGCGUGGAGAGUCCAUCUACAGACACUACACCAAGCAGCAGGCAGAAGAUGCCAGGGACUCGAUCGUGAAGGCCACGUACGCUCGUGUCUUUGGCUGGAUCGUCGUCAAGAUUAAUCAGCUGCUGGAACCGCGAACAGCCCUGGGAAUAGCCGAGACCCUUCCUGAAAUAGGAAUUCUCGACAUCUUCGGGUUUGAGCACUUCAAAGUGAAUCGCUACGAGCAGCUUUGCAUCAACCUUGCGAACGAACAGCUGCAGUUCUUUUUCAAUGAGUUUAUUUUCUCAAUGGAGCUGAAUGAAUACAAAAAAGAGGGCAUUGAGUGUCAUGCUGUGGCUUUCAAAGACAACAAGCCUCUUCUGGAUCUGUUUCUGGGUAAACCCAUUGGGAUCAUGACAUUGUUGGACGAGGAAAGCCAUUUCCCGCGGGGCACAGACAAAACCUUUGUGGACAAGCUGAACCAGAGCUUCGGGAAGAACCAACACUACGAGUUGGUGAGGACUUCGGACACCAUGUUUGCCGUCAACCAUUACGCCGGAAAGGUGGCGUACAGUGCCAGCGGCUUCCUCGAGAAGAACCGGGACUCGCUGCCGUCGGAAAUCCGCGAGCUCUUUGUGCACAGCCAGAUCCCGCUCCUGAGCCAGAUCUUCGCCGGAACCGUUUCCCGGACAGGGACACUGAUGCUCCGAAGAGGAGCGCAGGCAAAUGUAGAUGUAAACGCCAACUCCCGCAAGUCCACGGUUGGGUUUCAGUUUAGGCAAUCGCUGUCCGUGCUCAUGGAGAAGAUGUCCUCUUCCAACCCGCACUUCAUUCGCUGCGUGAAGCCCAACGACUCGAAGGCAGCCGACCGCUUUGACAUGGACAUGGUCAAGAAUCAGCUGCGAUGCAACGGGCUGCUGGAGACGACGAGAAUAAGGAAAGACGGUUUCUCCUGGAGGCCCUCCUUCGAGGAGUUUGUCAGCAGAUACGGAAUUCUCAUUCUCCAGUCGAGUCUACCACCGAACAAGGAGAGCUGUAACAUGAUUUUGAAAAAAGCGGGACUGGAAGCAUGGCAGAUUGGAAAGACAAAAGUCUUUUUCAAGUACCGGCACCAGGAGGAACUCGCGAAUCUUUUGAAUGAGCUCCAGAGGGCAGCAACUGUUCUACAAAAAGGUGUGCGUUGCUUCCUGGCUCGGAGGAGGUACACGCGAAUCUUGGGGGCUUACCGGGAGAAGAUCAAGAAAGAGCAGCAGCAGCAGGAGGAGGAGCGGAAGAGACUGGAAGAACUUGAGAGGAAGAGGCUGCAGGAGCAAGAGUCUCAAAACAAACAGAAUGGGACGGCCGCGCCAGAGACGGUGCCCCCAGUCCCCAGGCCACGGAAGAAGAGGGCCCCGUCGGCGAGCAACGCGGAGGAGACGGAGGCACCCGUGCCACGGCCACGGAGCCGGUUCAUCACGGUCCACUCGCUGUCGCAGGUGAUCGACCUCGAGGACCCAGCGGGCGAUGCGGGGUCUGCGGCGCAAAUCCCUCCGCCGCAGCCCUCGGCGCCCGUGCUGCCCUCCGCUCUGCCCUCCGCUGCCCACGAAGGUCAACCGGGUGGGGCGGCCAUCAACCGGACCAAGACGCUGCAGAAGCAGCAGACCUACAAGUGGUUCAGCGAAACGCAGGCACAGCGCGUCCUCCACAACGGCAGCAUGCCCACGUGGUUCCACGGCGUCAUCAGCAGACGGAACGCCGAGGAUUUGCUGAGCCAGAAGCAGCUGGGCUGCUACCUUGUCCGCGUGAGCGAGACUCAGAAUGGAUACGCUCUCACCUUCAAGGGAGCCGACCGCUGCCGCCACUACAUGAUCGUGCAGCGGCCCACCGGCAAGUACAUGAUCGUGGGGGAGCAACGCGUGCACAACAGCCUGGCGGCUCUGCUCGACUACCACCAAUCCGUUGGCAUUCAGCCCUACGGAGAGACCAUAACGGAGCCCUGCGGGCAGGAGUGCGAAAAGAAUACCGACUACGCGGAACUGAUGCAGUUCGUAAGCAAAGCAGUGAAAGAUGACGGGAGCCCUCGGCACCAGAAGCAACAUCAGCAGCACCUCUCCUCGUCUUCCGGUCUCCUGGGCAAGCUCCCAGACGAGACGACGUCGUCGUCCGUGCAGAAACACCACCCCCAAGUUAGGUUCAUGAUCAGCGAAGCCCCCGGGACGUCGCCCCUGCUGCCAACUGCCCUGCCCGGUGCGACGGCAGCAGCAGCAGCAGCAGCGCCCAGCCGCACGACGGAGUUGGCCCCCGACGAGGGCACGGGGGGGCGGCUGUACCCUCGUCUCUACCCGUCUAUCCGUCGCGCCCUGCACGAGCUCACCAGCCAGCCGAUCAGCGGACCAGACGAAGUCCCGCCACUGCCUCCGAAAACGUACCUGCAAGGGCCUCAACCUACACAAGUCGCCAUGGUCCCUGCCAUCCCGAGCAGAGAACCGCUGACACCCCCUUUCUUCGAGCGUCCACUGAGCGCGCUCACCCAGGCAUCCGCCGGCCACUGGCAAUUACCGAGCCCGGUGAUUCCCUCCCACAGCGCCGGCUAUCAACAGCGGUCCUCAAGUGGGAGGCCGCAGAUACUGACGUCCUUCAGCUUCGAUUCGAUCGAUCAGCACCGGCGCGGCGCACCCGCCGCGAACUUUAACCCCACGGUGGUGGCGAGUCCCAAGAUAGAAGCCAGGGUCGUGAUGGCGAGCCGUCCACCGCAGCCUCUGCCUCGGGAGGAUGCUGGGGGCCAGAUAGACGGCGACUACGCGGGACUACCGGACGAGUAUCACAGACCGCCGCCAUGUGCUCCUGGUUUUUAACAUUGAUAUUUCCCCCCUUCAUCGCCCCCCCCCCCUCCCGGUGUGCUUGAGGAACUUUGGUAGAGUUUGGAGGUUUGAGGCGGAUGCAGCGAGGUGUGAAAUAAUGGUCGUUUUGUUGCAACGUUCGCAAUGCUACCGUGUUGGUUUUCGCAAUUGUGCAGUGCGCUUAUUUGGGGUGUCCCGCGUGUUGUCUGGGACGACGUCCGACGUUUCGCUCCACGUGCUGCCAGGAGCUUCUUCAGGAGCUGGAUGUCAACAUCGUGCCGAACGGCACGCGGGUAAAACCCAAAGGACACUUCUUUGUUGAAAUAUGAAUUUGCUGCGACGGACACAAUCGCAGAGUACAGCCCGGUGCAUUUAGUCUGGUGAAAUAGACAAACUUUUAGCCAUUUAAACUACUUUUGGUUACCACUCCACGGACAUUUUUCACAACCGAUGUACAAAAUGUAAUGUGGAAAUGCAUUAUUCCAUAUGGACUCGUAUUUUAUUGCCAUAUCGUGCCUUGGAGAUCGAGGAAGUGUGAAAAAAGUUAAUUUUUAAGAGUUAAUUUCGUACGUCUUGAGUUUUCUCAUGGAGUGUCAUUAUAUUAUAACCUACUCGGAGCCUGCCAUAGAUCACUUUAUGCCAGUUAACAUAUUCUAUACAUAUUUCUACACUUUUUUUGACGAAGGAAUUUUACGUUAAUAUUUUUUAACCAGAUGGCAUCACUUUGUCAGUUUCUCACAACUGUCGGUGAAAUUGCUCGUCAGCUCAUGAAUUCACACCCCCCUCCCCCCCCAUUGAAUGGUACGUGGAAUUAAUAUUCGAUUUUACGAAACAAAUAAACAGUAAUAUAUGUAAUUAAUGGGAGGGAAUUUAAUAUUUUAAUAUUACAUUGUCAUAGCAUUGAGCUUCUCUUUCUCUUGUUUUCCUUACCCCCCCGCCCCCUCCACACAAACAUUAAGAUCACGUGAAAACACAGUGGGCUGGUGAAUAGCAUCAGGAUCGGUGAUGGCGAGUAGUACUGUGCUGCUUUCUAUAAUUGUGAUUUGUGGGAUUUCUUGUUUUAAUACUAUUUGUUAAGUGUUCAUGUUGAAUUUACAAAAUAAAGAUUUAUAUUUCA